AUGAGCAACCGCAGUCCCGUUCUCCGCCGUGCAGAUGUGAUCUUUCCCAUGCCGCCAGAGUCCCCCAAUCCUGUUGCUGCAAGCGAUCACUUUGUACGGCCGGGUUCCUCCAGCAGCGAUACCUCGUCUAAUUCGUCCAAUCUCACCUCUCUCAAUUUGACCAAGCGCACCUUGUACGGGGUGAAACCUUCGAUAACUAGCCCUCGAAAACUGUCAGCAAGCGCCAAUAACAGUAACACUUCUCUUCCCAAUUUUUCACGUCCAUCAGCGCCUCACAUGCCACCAAAUGAUCCAUUAUCCGAAAAAGCACUUCCUCUACCCCCACCUCCGGAAUUCCAGAACCACAGACCGCGCCAGCACUCACAGGGUUUCUUUGAACCGUCUCUUCCCACUGCCUCAUUAUCCGAACAAACACCCGUUACUAUGGCGAACUUGUCAGCCUCUCAAAUAGCUGCCCAAGCUGCUAUGCAACACCAGGCAAGUUCGCGCCACCUGCGGAAUCGGUCACAGCCGAGUAGGCUUCCCCAGGAUAAUGUAGCAAGAAAGGGUUCCAAGGAGCACAUCCAUCACAGCCCUUCAGGACAGCAAUACUCGAAUGGGUUAGUUGGGGGACGUGCACUUGCGGCAACAACUGCUGCCAAUGUUGCAUUUCCCAGGAGUCCAGGCUUCGUGCCUUCGUCACCAAAUGUCGAUUAUACCUCCUCAGAGAGUGGGCAUAAGCAGAAGGGGGAGAAGUCUAAGAUUAAAAUAUUUUCAAAACCGAAACAUAUUGGCCUAUCAAGGGACAAGGAUGGAGAUAAAAACAAAGCUCUGCAGUCUCCUAAUAAUCAUCUGCCCUUACCAGGCCCAAGUGGCCUGUCACGAAUGGUGAAUGCCUCCGCGUCUAGCCUUAACGAAUCUUCCACUUCCGCCAACUCCUCGAUAUACAACCUAACAAAUUCGUCUGCAACAACCGUGGUGCUUGCCGACCGACCGGCAGCAGGUGAAAGGGAGAAGGAUAGGGAUAAAGACAAGGCGCAUAAACACCACUUUUUAUCACGACAAAAGUUAAAGUUGAAAGACAAGGAUGACCAUUUCAACCUUUCCCUAUCCUCAGCAUCAAGCAAUUCUAAACCCUUAGAUCCUAGUGCUCCUCAGUCACUCUACUCCUUCACGCCACAAUCGCCGUCGACGACGGCCUUCGCUAAAUCGAAGAGUGGGCUUGACUUGCGUCAUGGAGGUCGAGCGCUACGAGAGAAGAAAAAGGAAGAAAAAGCCUCUGCCGCCGCUGCCCAUGAGAUCGGACAUCGAGACACAGAUGAACGGACGAUUAACGGAGCACUCGGCACUAGCUCGUCCUCUGUUUAUGGCGGCCCUGGCAACACAGCUCCGAAUGUAUACGGCGGGGAGACUUCUUUAAAAGAAACUUUGCAAGGCUUUGGCCUCCAUAACAUGGCUCCAGAAGACGCAUGGGACUUUCUAAAGGCAAAGCUUUUGGUUCUGUUCGAAGGGGAAGAUGUUCGCGUUGCUCUAGAAGACCUGAACAAACUUGUUUCUAUCCAUAUACAACAGUGCGUGAUGAAACAUAUACCCUCUGUCGUAGUGGAGGAUUUGCGGGACCUACUGCAAACUGGCUUUAGCUCCUUAAGUCACUCGCUUCAUCCGGCUCCAGACGAGCGCGUUGUACCGCACCUCGUUGAGAUGUGGGUUUUGGUAUUUGGAGUGGUACUUCCCUUUAUCCAAGCUGUCUUUCUUCCUUUAGACCUGGAGUUCAAAGGGCGCGGGUCGAUCAUGACUCCUCGCGAAGCAAAAGAGUUUUGGGGUGCAUUACCCAACGGCGAAUCCUCAAACAGGUCUAUGGGCGAUGAACUCGAUGUCCGUACCAUAGUGCUCAUCUCCUUCCGCGACAACGUUAUUAUCCCCCGCUACGAAAUGUUAAAAACAACCUUCUCGCGCCUCAGCCUUGAAAGCAUCCAUGUGAAUGUCCGUGCUCUCAGCACGACUCCGACCAGUCGACCGAGCACCGCAUCAGCCCUCGACUCCGGUUUUGGAAGCUACAACUCCCAAUCCUCCACCCUCCUCAGCGCCGCUGGCAGUUUCUCCUCUGAUUCCGUUGUCGCCUCCAUGUCCCGCAGUCGCGCUGCAUCCAACACCUCAAACCCCGAAUAUGUUUCCACAUCGUCAUAUACAUCCAUGUCCCCACCACAGGGCUCCACCCUCAAUCCAACCCUACAAUCCCUCCCGUUACGCACUACUUCCACAUCUGCAGAUCCAUCACAUCUCAUCACCGAAACUGCUGGCCGCAUGCUCCAAUGCAUCAGUGUGCUAGCCAGUGUACAAACCGACGACGAAGCGCAGGAGAAGAUUGAUACCCUCAGUAAAGCUCUCAAGCACAACUGGCUUGGCCGGGGUCGGACCGGCCGGGACCGUCGAGGCUUUGUUGGCACCAAGAUCCGCGCCGUAGUUCCCCGAAAGGAAAGUGAUGAUACACCGUCUCGUUUUCUCCCUUCUAGCAAUGAGAGCGACAGUGGCGAUGAUUGA